UGAUUGAAACGCGGAUCACGUCGCAGGGAGGCGGGUGCAGUUGGAGGGAAGAGCCGGGCCCAGCCAGAGCUUCGGCAUUAGCGGCCUCUCUCCGUCUCACUCUCUGAUACUCCGAGAAAGCAAGCGAACCAGCGGGUGGACGGACAGGCAGGCAGGCUCAGCCAGCAACAAGUGCGGAGGCAGGCGAGGCGAGGGAGGGCUAACGAGCGAGCGAGCGCUGACGUCAGCGAGCGGAGUAUUAUGGUCUGGGCUGUGCUGGCCGCCGCCGCUGCUUUUCUGCUGCCAGCGGCCGAGUAAACAUGGAGCUCUCCGCCGUGGGAGAGAGGGUGUUCGCGGCCGAGGCCUUGCUCAAGAGACGCAUCCGAAAAGGUCGAAUGGAAUAUCUUGUGAAAUGGAAGGGCUGGUCUCAGAAAUACAGCACCUGGGAACCCGAAGAAAACAUUCUAGAUGCCCGUCUGCUUGCAGCUUUUGAGGAAAGGGAAAGAGAAAUGGAACUUUAUGGUCCUAAGAAACGAGGCCCCAAACCCAAAACAUUUCUACUAAAGGCCCAGGCAAAAGCCAAAGCUAAAACCUAUGAAUUCCGUAGUGACUCUGCUAGGGGAAUCCGGGUGCCAUACCCUGGAAGAUCCCCUCAGGACUUGGGCUCUACUUCCCGUGCUAGAGAAGGACUGAGACAAAUUCCAUUGCCUCCUCAAAGCAGCUCCACUGCUGCUGCUACUACCAACACCUCCCGAGUGGAGAUGAUCCAGGAAAACAGGGUUGGGACAGAGGAAGACCGAUCUGAAGGAGCCUUUAAAAAGCGAGGCCCAAAGCCCAGGAAAGAGCUCUACAAAGACCUGCCUGAAACUGCUGAUGUUGUCUCUAAGCGGAAGCCAGUGGAACCAGGGGACAAGAUGGUGGUGGAUUACUUAAAAGCCAGAAAACUGGAAGAGGCAGCUAACCCAGGUGCAGCCAAAUUCAGUUCAGGACACAGUGUGAUCCAGUUAGCCCGGAGACGGGAGCCUGAGUUACCCAGUGCUGUUUCCAGCUCCAGAGCAGAAGCUGGCAUUAAGCUGUGUGCACCUGAGACUUAUCCUCCCAGGCUAACUAAGCACAGGGCAGAUUUCCUGGAUCCGAAAGGGCAAAGUAGUUUGGACUUGGGUGCCCCUAAGAUCUUGCACAGCUCUGCAAACCAAGGCAGCUUAUACCGGGAUGGUAUAGGGACCCAGGCUGGCAGGCCUUCCCUCAUUGCCCGCAUCCCUGUCUCCAGGAUCCUUGGCGACCCAGAAGAAGAAGCUUGGAGCCCCUCUCUCAACAACUUGGAGAAAGUGGUAGUGACUGAUGUGACAUCAAAUUUCUUGACAGUUACCAUUAAGGAGAGCAGCACAGACCAAGGGUUUUUUAAGGAAAAGCGAUGAAUUCCCCUGGAGAAGAGGAAGCAUUUAGAGGGUUUGGGGUAGAGGUUGUUGUCUAGUUCUGGAUUUUUGUUUUCUUGGACAGGAUUGAAAAAUCUGUCCUUAACUCAUUCUUUUCUUCCCUCCCCACCAAUUUCAAUUUUGGUUGGAAAAAUUAUCUCUAGAGUUAUAUUUUCUAUUAGAUGUAAAUAUGUUAUUUAAAGAAAAAUACAUAUAUAUAUCUAUAUACAUAUAUAUUUCAACUCUAAGUUGUUGGUUUUUUAUUUAAGGCUCUUGGAGAAGGACAGUAAACAGAGUACUGAUGUAUCUCUUGCCUCAGUUGCAAGAGCAGGUGUAGAUACUAAAUGAUCCUAUUAGCUAAUUAUAACAUUUUGAUUUUGUGUUUUGUUGGGUUUUUUCUUCAGUUGUACCCCCACCCCUUUCCCCCCAAAGACGUUGAGAGCAAAUAGGGGAUAUUAUAUUCAUCUGGGGACAAAAAAAGGCUCCAGUUUCUUGAUUGUUAUAUUAUAAGAUGUUGCUUUGUACAAUCAAGUGUGCUAUAUACACAACUGUUCUGUCUGGACAGCUGAAGUAAGCACUUGACUCUACAGUAUUGUCUGUCUUUUGUUUUGCUCCAGUUUUUAAAAAAGACUUGUUGGUUUAAAAAGCGUCCAUUAAAAACAAUUGAAAGGUGUUUUAGCAAAAAAGUAUUAACUUGAAUGACGUUUUCUUGCAAGGGAAAAGAGGGUUUGUAUGUUUUAAGAUUCUGAAAAAGUGAAGCUGCUGUCAUGCACUUUAAUAUGACUGUCAUGCGGAGAAAGGAGCUGGGGGUGCGGAGAGGGAACUGAGCUGAUAGUUUAGUUUAACUUUGUCUGUUUCUUCUUUCUUUAGUCCUUAUUUACUCACUCCAAAAAGAAUAUUUGUUUACAUUCCUUACAUGCCAGAAAAGUUGGGGAGGAAAGUAUCUCACUGCUCAUAUCUUAGGUGCUCUUGCUGUUAUGUUGAAAGUGAACCAGACAGAUAGACAGACUGCGAUUCUUUCCAGGUUGGAUGAGUUUUUAAAAAGUGUUGUAUAAAAUCUGCAUCUUCCUCAGAAAUGUUAAGAUUCCCCUUAUAGUCCCUUUCAAAAGAGUUAACUAGUGGGACAAUACAAAGCGAGCUGCUUUUUUAUGUGACUUUCUCUUGUACUUUCUGAAAAAAAUGUUUUUGUUUUUUUCUCUCCCCUCCUCAUCCCACAUGAAAUUAUUCUGUCUGUGGUUAAAAGUCCAAUAGUUCUCUUCACCUGCUAGUUUUAGGCAGAAUAUAAACCCUUUUCCUAUUCCCUUGCAUAAUGUACCCUGACAUUUGAAGAUUUUUUAAAAACAUGUUGUUCAACUCUGUUGCAUUUUGUGAGAAUGCAAAUUUGUUUCCUAACCCUGCUGUAGCCUCCUGCAUUAAGAAGGGAUGUGCAGAAUGGGAGGCUUGCUGUUGUUUUCACUUAUGUUUAGCAGGUGUUGUGGUGUCCCAAUAGAUAUUGAUUUAAGCAUCUCUUCUUGGUUCAAAAAGCACAAAUCUGCCUAGUGGUCUCUAAGGACCUGGCAGGGGGACGAGUAGCCUUCUCCAUCUUUUUCUGAAUUGGCCUGCUGGCUGGAUCCUUUUAAAACAUGUUCUAAUUUGGGGACUGCACUGGGGAUGAGAGCACAUGUGGCAUAAUAAGAUGUGAGGAGGAGGAGGGAAGCAGGUGGGUGUUGGAAGAACCAGGAGGAGGGUCUUUGCCUUUCCUGGGAUCAACUAGAAAUGUUUUGCUUCUUAAGCCACCUUCUGUUUAUUAUUUUGGGUGUCUCCAACAAAAUAAAAUGUGGGGAUUUUGUUUACACUGUACUGAGGAAAUAAGUCAGGUUCUUGUUUUCUGGUCUCCCUCUCCUUUUAAAAUAAAGCCAAUAUGGUAAACUUCA